AUGGGCGCUCAGCAAUCCUCAGCCCAUGGUGCUCCUCCGAAUGCCAACGCCGCAGAUGUGAAGACCUGUUACUAUGAAGUGCUCGGAGUGGACCGCCAGGCGACCGAUGAUGAGGUGAAGAAGGCAUAUCGUAAGAAGGCGCUCGAACUGCAUCCGGACCGUAACUAUGGCGAUGUCGAAAAUGCGACGGCGAAGUUUGCGGAGGUCCAGUCGGCCCAUGAAGUGCUUUCAGAUCCUCAAGAACGCGCGUGGUAUGAUUCGCAUAGGGAAUCUAUCUUGCGCGGGGAUGCUGGAGGGGCAGAGGAUUCCUUUGAGCACAAUGCGCGUAUGACCAGUGCCGGGGAUAUCGUGAGCUUGAUCGCCAAAUUCAACACCAGUGUGCCAUUCACGGACGCCCCGAACGGGUUUUAUGGGAGCCUUCAGGGGACGUUUGAAAGCCUUGCUGCCGAAGAAGAUUCCGCUUGUGACUGGGCAGGGCUCGAGGCUAUGGAAUACCCAGGUUUUGGCGGCGCCGAGGACAGCUAUGAAGAUGUGGUCAAGGACUUCUAUAGAGUCUGGAUAAAUUUCUCCACGAAAAAGUCAUUCUCCUGGAGAGACGCCUACCGGACAUCGGACGCGCCUGAUAGAGCAACACGGAGACUUAUAGAGAAGGAGAAUAAGAGGUUGAGGGAAGAAGGAAUCCGAGAAUUCAAUGAUGCCGUUAGAUCGCUUGUCGCCUUUGCAAGGAAGAGGGAUCCGAGAUACAUACAAAAUGCCCAGUCAGAAGCGGAUAGGCAGAAGAUCCUCCGAGAUGCUGCCUCUGCGCAAGCUGCCCGAUCCAGGGCAGCAAACCAAGCCAAAUUUCAGGACCAUAUUAUUCCAGAUUGGGCCCGUUCACAGGAGGAGGAAGAAGGCGUAGAUGAAUUUACCGAGUCGGAAGAGUCCGAGGUCGAGCACAUUGAAUGUGUUGUCUGCGGCAAGACCUUUAAGAGUGAGAAGCAAUAUGAGACUCACGAGAAGAGUAAAAAGCAUACCAAGGCCGUACAACAACUUCAGAGGGAGAUGCGCAGGGAGAACAAACUGUUGAAUCUCGAUAGCCCAACAACUGGCAGCACCCCUUCCACCCCAAUUCCCGAAUUUGAUAAUUUGGAGGUGGACACGAUGGACAACGAAGCGAAGAGUGCAAUCUCUCAAGCCAACGGGGGCGUUGUUAUUCCUCCUGGCGACGAUGGCGAUAUACCUGCAGCCGCCCGCGCCGAUGACUUGGUAGACCAUAACAUAGCAAUGGAAGUCCAUGUUAAAAGCACCCCAGACUCUGUCUCCGUUUCAUCAGAGAUAGACGAUGAAUAUGCCCCUAGAGAAGAUGUUGAAAGUCGGUUUCAAUCACUGACUGGAACCGACCCUGUCCAGUCUGACCGUGGAAUCGACCCAGCGGCUGGCAGUGAUAGUGGUGGUCGCAGUAAUACACAGCCAAAACUGGGCAAAGCGAAAGCGAAACGCGCAAAGAAAGCGGCGAAGGAUGCAAAGGAGCCAGACGGGGGAAAUGAGGUAAUUGUAUUGCCUGGUCCUAGGUACGCCAAUGUACUGACUUCCAGUAGCAUAAAUGUGCGGCAUGUGCAGAGUCGUUUACGUCGAAGACCAAAUUGUUUAAUCAUAUCAAAGAGUAUAACCAUGCUCAACCUCCACCAAAGGCCGGCAAGGGAAAGAACAAUGCUUAUUAUGGCUCCCUUGGAGGUGCCAACAGCUACUUUGUACGAUGCAUUGCUCUUUACUUCGUACAUCCAAAGCUGGCUGGUUCAAAGCUUGUCUCGGUAUCUGAACGGAAAAAAGCCUAUUUAUUGGAACCGGGCCGGCGGGGUCUGGGGCAUCGCAUCUAACCCCAACCGGCACAAGGAUUCCCCGAUUACUGGUGGCCCCCGUAUCUAUCCCGAAGCUAUGCCGCAACGUGACGUCUUAACUCUCAGGGACUUGGGUCGCCACCAAAAGGUCUUGUCGCUGAAUGAUCUCCCCGACGAAGUCUUGCAACACAUCCUUUACUAUCUCUCCGCCCAAGAUGUCUUGUCCAAUAUCCAGCGGAUUUCCAAGCGCUUUUACGCGUUGAGCAAUCAGCCUCUGCUCUGGCGACAUCACUGUCACACGGCAUUCACGUAUUGGGAUUUGAAACAUCGAAUCCGGCAAAAAUUCUCUGGGGAGGUGGCGGAUGUGGACUGGAAGCCGCUCUAUAUGCACAGGUGCAGGAUUGACCGGGAAACAACGAAGAUCCUGGAUAGCAUCCUCCAAGGGCAGGUUGACCGAAUUAAGAAGUUCAAAGUGAUUGCCAAUUUCGGCUAUGAUGCCAAAGAUACGCUGCUUCGACACUGCCACGCGCCUGAUGAAGCUGAGGAUGUUCUGGCCAGACGGUACUACGCCAACGCCGUUCUUGACCAUCUACAUCGAUCAGAGGCUCUCGUAGAGUGGGGCAAGAUUGCCAGAGGCGAAAUUGUGCCCCUCGAAAGAGCGUUAGGAUCGUUUGACUUGUUCGUAUUGCACGACCAGUUCGGUGAUCUUGAGGAGAUAUCCGAGAUCCUGGAUAAUCUCGUUGCGCAGCUUCGUAUAGAAUAUCCCGAAUUUGGUCAACUUUCUACGCGAAAAAAGGCGAUUGCGACGGUAACGUUUCUACGAACACAUAAUCUCACUGGCAUUGCAACAGAGGUGGCGUACAGGGAUCUGCAAAAUAAUUAUAUCGGCAUUGCCUUACAGGACCGAGAGCACCCAUCACUGCCCCUGAUAUCGGUAGCCAUCUUCUGCGCUGUUGCGCAAAGAUUAGGCUUCGAUGCUCGAUGUUGCGGGAUACCGAAUCAUGUUCAUGCUUUGGUCUUUCCACCUCGACAUGAGACGUUAGAUGGGAGGUCCUUGAUGGGCACCGAAUCUUCCCCAGAACCGAUGUACCUGGACCCAUACCGAUCGGACAGAGAGAUUCCACUAGAGGGCCUCCAAAGAAUGCUAUCAGCAUGGGGUAUCCAACCAACAGAUUAUGACCGGUUUCUGGCAGAGUCGAGCGCUGCGAGUCUCAUACUCCGCACGUCAAGAAAUAUACUGGCCACAGUUCAUGAAUUCAGGGGGCAUGGCGGAGACGCAGAAAAUACGGGUCACCCUACGAUACGACUCCAUGCUAACCCCUUUGCCGACAUGGAGAACGCUUUUUAUUCUGCUCUGUGGGCCAACUUUAUCUUCGGCCGACCGAUACCAAGCUCCGAUGGCUACAACCAACGGCAUUUCAUUCCUCUCAUAUUAGAAAGAUUUGAACGUCUCUACCCAAUGGACGCCUCAUUGAUAGAGCAAUAUAUCUGUCCCUUGUUCAACAACCCGUCAAAUGCAGAGCACUGGGAGCUGCAUGAGGCUUUGCGGGUAGUCCAUGCGGCAGACCAGACCCCUAAACAACUUCGGCUUCGCAACACUACCGCAGCUCGUGAUGGGGUGAAGUAUAAGGUUGGACAAGUAUUCCGUCAUAGGAGAUAUGCGUACACUGCAGUCAUUACGGGCUGGGACAUAGAAUGUGGUAUGGGUUCAGAUUGGAUUGCUUAUAAUGGGGUAGACUCGUUAUCACGGGGUAGGCACCAGAGUUUUUACCAUGCACUUGUCGAAGAUACGAGUAUCCGCUACGUGGCGGAGGAAAACAUCGACAUCAUGGAGCCAGAAGUACCGGUUUCUCUGAUGAGCUUGGCAGGUCGGUUCUUCAAGCGUUGGGACCAGGAUAGGCGCUUGUUUGUGUCGAAUAUACGUGAUGAAUACCCUGAAGAUUAG